AUGUCUCAUACUGUAACAAUCACAAGGACAACGGCGGUGUCAUCGGGAACCGCUGUGUACGUGAACAGCGGUUAUCUAAGUACCACACCGGGAUUACUCAAGCUUGCCCAGCUGGUGUUGGGCGCAGCUUGUGUAGGUGUGGUCGGUUACUAUAUGGACCACGAAAAUGAUUAUUAUAAGGUGUCACCAAAAGCAGAACUCUUUUAUUUGCUGGUGGCCGUUGCGUUCCUCAUAGGAACGUUCUGCCUGUUGACUGCAUGUCUGGUGUCACUAUCCACAGCAUCAAUCAUUUCUAAGACCAUUUAUGAGUUGAUAUACCACUGUUUGGCGUUCAUCAUGUACUUGGCGGCAGGGCUCACGCUCAUCAUUGAAGUUAAUCACUACAAAAACUCCUACGGUCGGAAUUAUGAACCUUAUUUAGCAGCUGCGAUUAUGGGAUUGGUAAUGGCUGCGCUGUACUUGCUGAGUACAUUCUUUGCGAAUCGUUCCUAUAGAGGAAUUUAA